AUGGCCACUAGUGACAAGAAUUACAUGGCAAGGGGCUUCUCGACGCCGCCGCCGACAUGGAAGUCAAGACGAUCGUCGCCAUGGAUUCCUUCGUCUGAAAAGAAGAGAAUUUCGCCUCAGGCCAAAGCUGAUAGUUUCCAUGUGAUUCAUAAAGUCCCCGCCGGUGACUCUCCAUACGUCAAAGCCAAACAUGUUCAGUUGAUAGAUAAGGAUCCAAACAGGGCCAUUUACCUGUUCUGGAAGGCAAUAAACUCUGGUGAUCGAGUUGAUAGUGCGUUGAAAGACAUGGCAGUAGUAAUGAAGCAAUUGAAUCGACCAGAUGAGGCAAUUGAGGCGAUUAGGUCUUUUCGUCAUCUAUGCCUUCCUGAAUCACAAGAAUCUAUUGACAAUUUGUUAGUGGAGCUCUACAAGAGAUCCGGGAGAAUUGACGAACAGAUUGAAAUGCUUCAAGUCAAACUGAAGGACAUUGAAGAAGGUUUAGCCUUUGGUGGAAAAAGGACAAAGAUAGCUAGAUCUCAGGGGAAGAAGAUUCAAAUCACAAUUGAAAAAGAGUAUUCAAGGUUAUUGGGAAAUUUGGCGUGGGCCUACAUGCAGCAAAAUAACUACAAGUUGGCCGAGGAGCAUUAUAGAAAAGCGUUAUCGUUUGAGCUAGAUAAGAACAAGCAGUGCAACCUUGCAAUCUGCUUGAUGCACAUGAAGAGAACAUCAGAAGCUAAGUUUCUGCUUCAAACCAUAAAAGCUUCAUCUGAAUGUGAGCAGAUGGACGAAACAUAUGCUAAAUCAUUUGAGCGUGCUGUUCAGAUGCUGAACGGAUUAGAAUCGCCGUCAGAUGUAAAGCCCAUUUCACAUGAAGAAAAAAACUGUCAUGAAAUCCCAAUACCUUCCUCAUCCUCUGAUUAUAGAAACCAGAAAGAAUUUUCUACUCCCACUGAUCGAGGUCAUAAUCAGGUUUUUGGCUUUGGCUCCAGAAGUUUAGCAGAUGAACACAAUGAAGCAACAGUGCUGUCAGAUGAACAGAACAGAGGAGUUUUGUUUGGACCUCAUCAUGAGAAUAAGGCUAAAUUAGGUGGUUAUGACAAGAGAAACGCAAACUGCACAUCAAUGGGACUAAGAAAUUUUUCACACUCUUCCGAUCAGUAUUUGUUCAUGGAUACAGUUAAGAAAGGACCUUACAUGGAAAUACCAUGUGAAAGAAGGUACGAUUAUGGCAGCAAAAGACACGGCAAAUGUGUUAGUUUUACCGGAACAGAAGUGGGUUCUGUUUGCAAGAAGACUUAUUGUACUCCAAUUCAUAGAGCAGAAACUCCAAAGUUUCCAUUUACGCAANGGUUAGUUUUACCGGAACAGAUGUGGGUUCUGUUUGCAAGAAGACUUAUUGUACUCCAAUUCAUAGAACAGAAACUCCAAAGUUUCCAUUUACGCAACCGAGAAGUGGUUCAUGGUCAUUCUCAAACGAGGAUCAGGGAAGGGCAUUUGGGAGACAGGAUACAGCAGCUGGCUGCAAUCGCAAAUUAUCAUUUGAACAACCUAUGA